AUGUCUGCAGCCAAGAAGAACGUGGUGUUCCUUAGGCUUUUCAUUGGAAAGCUAUGGAAGGGUCUCUCAUUCUUCACCCAUAAAGGACCUGAUCAUUACCAUAAAGAUGUGAAAACUGCACUAAUGGUGCCAGACGAUGUAAAGGAAGGGCAAUUUGCUGUUUUGGCCAUAAAAGGUGAGGAGAUUGAAAGGUUUGUUUUAGAAUUCAGCUUCCUUAAUAACCCUGCUUUUGUAAAGUUGCUGAAACUGGCUGAGGAGGAAUUUGGAUUCCAUCAGAAGGGUGCUCUUGCUGUCCCUUGCCGGCCAGAGGAGUUGCAGAAAAUUCUUAGGGCCGGAUGAAGGAGGGAGAAGAUUGACUAUUAUGCUCAAGAAUGUACUACUUGUACCUUCCCAGCAUCGAGAGUUUCAAAGGAAAUGACCUAAUCGAUGUUCAUUGGUUUCUUUAAUUUAUUUUUCUCGUUAUUCUUUAAUUAAUUUCUUUCUGGUCUCUUCAUUCCAGUACAGAUGAAAUUUUACAAUAAUGUGUUAAUUCUUCCUUAUGUUUUCA